CUCACCAUGUUGAAUUACACUCUGUUCUGUGUUCGGUUAGUUUAGUCUAUACAAAGAUGGCGCUGUAAAAGGUUUGUUUUCCAUGGGUACAAAGUAUGUUUAAGUGCAUUAACCGGACGGCCCAGUGUACGAGAUAUCUCCAGUCAGCAGGAAACGGUUUCUGUCUAAACCAAGACUUUAGGCUGGUGUCAUCCUUGCCAUUCAGAAUGACCGACCCGGCUGUGAAUAGGGUGGUUGGUGACAUAAUUCGCUCUCCCGAGGACAAACGGGUUUAUAGGGGCCUGGAGUUUACCAAUGGCUUGAAGGCCAUGCUCAUCAGUGACCCAACCACAGACAAAUCCUCAGCUGCUUUGGACGUGCACAUAGGUUCAUUAUCGGACCCGGCGAACAUCUCAGGCCUAGCGCACUUUUGUGAACACAUGCUGUUCUUGGGAACACAGAAGUACCCCAAGGAGAAUGAGUACAGCCAGUUCCUCAGUGAGCACGCAGGCAGCUCCAAUGCUUUUACCAGUGGAGAGCAUACCAACUACUACUUUGACGUGUCCCAUGAGCACUUGCAAGGAGCACUAGAUAGGUUUGCCCAAUUCUUCCUGUGCCCACUGUUUGAUGAGAGCUGUAAGGACCGUGAGGUUAAUGCUGUGGACUCUGAGCAUGAGAAGAACCUGAUGAAUGAUGCUUGGAGGCUGUUUCAGUUGGAGAAGGCCACUGGCAACCCUAACCACCCCUUCAGUAAAUUUGGAACAGGUAACAAAUUGACCCUUGAGACCAGACCAUCUAAAGAUGGGAUUGACAUCCGUCAGGAGCUCCUGAAGUUUCACUCCACAUACUACUCCUCUAAUCUCAUGGGACUCUGUGUGUUAGGAAGAGAAUCACUAGAUGAGUUGACCUCCAUGGUGGUCGAGUUAUUUGGAGAAGUGGAGAACAAGAACGUGCCUAUCCCAGAAUUUCCAGAGCACCCCUUUCAGGAGGAACAUCUCAGACAAUUCUACAAAGUGGUGCCUAUCAAAGACAUCAGGAAUCUGUAUGUGACUUUCCCCAUCCCAGACCUACAGAAGUACUACAAGUCAAACCCAGGACAUUAUCUGGGACAUCUGAUUGGUCAUGAAGGACCCGGAAGUUUGUUAUCCGAGCUAAAAUCUAAAGGCUGGGUGAACACACUUGUUGGUGGGCAGAAAGAAGGAGCCAAAGGAUUCAUGUUCUUUAUCAUCAAUGUGGACUUGACAGAGGAGGGCCUCUUACACGUUGAGGACAUCAUAUUCCACAUGUUCCAGUACAUUCAGAAACUGCGUACCGAGGGACCUCAGGCGUGGGUGUUUGAGGAGUGCAAGGAUUUAAACAAAGUGGCCUUCAGGUUCAAGGACAAGGAGCGACCCCGUGGCUAUACUUCCAAAGUGGCUGGUUUACUACAUUACUACCCUCUUGAAGAGGUUCUAGCAGCAGAGUACCUUUUGGAGGACUUCAGGCCAGAUCUGAUUGAGAUGGUGCUGGAUAAGCUGAGACCAGAACAUGUCAGAGUUGCAGUGGUGUCAAAGUCAUUUGAAGGGCAAACAGACAAAAAAGAAGAAUGGUAUGGCACGCAGUACAAACAGGAGGCCAUCUCUGAAGAGACCAUCAAGAAAUGGGAAAAUGCAGACCUCAAUGGGAAGUUCAAGUUACCGAUGAAAAACGAGUUCAUCCCUACCAACUUUGAGAUCUACCCUCUUGAGAAAGACUCUCCAUCCAUGCCCACUUUAAUCAAGGACACUGCUAUGAGCAAGGUGUGGUUCAAGCAGGAUGACAAGUUCUUCCUGCCCAAAGCAUGCCUGAACUUCGAGUUCUUCAGCCCGUUUGCGUAUGUGGACCCGUUGCAUUGUAACAUGGCAUAUUUAUACCUGGAGCUCCUCAAGGACUCCCUCAACGAGUAUGCAUAUGCAGCCGAGCUAGCUGGCUUGAACUAUGACCUCCAAAAUACCGUCUAUGGGAUGUAUCUGUCUGUUAAAGGUUACAAUGACAAACAGUACAUCCUGUUGAAGAAGAUAAUUGAGAAGAUGGCCACUUUUGAGAUCAAUGAGAAGCGCUUUGACAUCAUCAAGGAAGCGUACAUGAGGUCUUUGAAUAACUUCAGAGCCGAGCAGCCUCACCAGCACGCCAUGUACUACCUCCGUCUCCUAAUGACCGAGGUUGCUUGGACCAAAGAUGAGCUCAGAGAGGCUCUGGAUGAUGUAACUCUCCCACGCCUCAAGGCCUUCAUACCUCAGCUAUUGUCCCGGUUACAUAUUGAAGCCCUUCUCCAUGGCAACAUCACCAAGGAGUCUGCUCUUGGCAUGAUGCAAAUGGUGGAGGACACGCUCAUUGAGCACGCUCACACAAAGCCCCUCCUUCCAAGCCAACUGAUUCGCUACAGAGAGGUGCAGGUUCCAGACGGUGGCUGGUACGUUUACCAGCAGAGGAAUGAGGUGCACAACAAUUGUGGCAUUGAGAUCUACUACCAGACAGACAUGCAGACCACCCACGACAACAUGCUGCUGGAGCUGUUCUGUCAGAUCAUCUCUGAGCCCUGCUUCAACACGCUGAGAACCAAAGAGCAGCUGGGCUACAUUGUGUUCAGUGGGCCCCGGCGGGCUAACGGAGUCCAAGGCCUGCGUUUCAUCAUCCAGUCAGAGAAGGCGCCCCACUACCUGGAGAGCCGUGUAGAGGCUUUCCUGUGUACUAUGGAGAAGGCUGUGGAGGAGAUGAGCGAGGAAGCCUUCCAGAAACACAUCCAGGCUUUGGCCAUCCGCCGCCUGGACAAGCCUAAGAAGCUGUCUGCUGAGUGCGCCAAGUACUGGGGAGAGAUCAUCUCUCAGCAGUAUAAUUUUGACAGAGAUAACAUUGAAGUGGCCUAUCUGAAGACUUUGACAAAAGAAAACAUAAUGCACUUCUACAGAGAACGGCUGACAGUCGAGGCUCCAAAGAGACACAAGGUGUCGGUGCACGUCCUGUCCAGAGAGUUGGACUCCUGUCCCAUAGUGGGAGAGUUCCCCGCUCAGAAUGAUGUCAACCUGGCUCCUGCUCCCUCCCUGCCACAGCCCUCAUUGGUUCAGGACAUGACUGAGUUCAAGAGGAGUCUUCCUCUCUUCCCUCUGGUCAAGCCUCACAUCAACUUCAUGGCAGCCAAACUGUGAGCGAGGCUGGCAGGUCAACACGCAGCAGCAGGAGAGGGCGCUGGGCGGGAGGUGUUUCCCCACCUACCCCUCCUGUCAGGAAGACUUUCAUCUGACCGAGCCUGCAUGAGCGCGUGUGUGUGUGUGUGUGUGUGUGUGUGUUUGGGCGAAGACAUGUGAAUGCGUGUGUGUGUGUGUGUGUGUGCAUGUGUGGCAGGCUGGAGCCACUAGAAGAGAUGCUUGGAAACUAAUGCGUGUAUUUGAAUCACAAAGUUAGCCGUGUGGUUGUCGACAUAGCUGUGAUAACGAUAGAGGUCACACCAGACUCACCUCAUGCUCAAGUCUCUUAAAGGAGACGCAACACUUACACGCAUCACAACACGGUGUAGGCUGUUGUAGAGGUAAUAGAAACAACCUAUGAUAAAAAAAAAAAAAAAAGAGAGAGAAAAAAAAAAGAUGAGGGUUCAGAUCCCUUUAAACGACUUCAAAUAUACCGCAGAUGCUUCACAGUAGGAAGCGUUUUAUUUGAGAUAUUCAGACAUGCUGCUUUGAGAAUGGAUAGCGGGUUUGUUCUGGUGAACUGGGGGCUGUAGAAGUUUAAGACAGAAGCUCCAUGAAGGUCUUCUUUUGUUUUGUUGGACUGGUAGAUCUUUGCCAUGUUACUGUCGGAGGCACCACAACUUUCUCACAAAAGACACACUCGGUCAAAAGGAGUGUUUUAUUCAAUUUUAUGCAUUUCUGAAGAAUAAUCUGCCUUAUAAUUAUGGUUUUAUUCCGGGCGGAUUUUGAAAUGUUUUUGCUUGUAAACUGGUAAAAUGUUGGGACCCUUUGAGGAGCUGUUUUAAAUCGCUGAUCACUAAGAACCAUGCCCAUGAAGGUUGUUCUCAUUUUUAUUUUUUAUUGCAUUUUACAGUAUGUAAGUCAGACAUCUCAGGGGUACCUCCAUGCUGUUUUUUUACAUUCAAUUUUAUUAGUGAUUGAUUCAAAAAUAAAAACACUUUUAUUGAUCUGUCA